AUGUUCAGGGGGCGAGCGCCAGGAGGGGACAAGACCGACUGGGUGAUGCACGAGUACCGGCUGGCAGAGGAUUCGCCUGUAGCUGGACCUGCUGCUACAGCCGCGGCACAUGCUACAGCUGCAAAAGGCGAAUCGAACCCAGCAGCAGCUGCUACCCCCGAAGGGACCUCGGCUGGUGCAGACGCAGCAGGUGGUACUGCCAAAAAUGAAGCGACAAACCCAGACACCAGAGGUGCGGCUGAUGCGGGUGGAGAUGUAAGUGGUGGGUCAGGAAGGAGCAGCACCAGCAGUCCUAAAGCCAGCAGUCCUAAAGCCAGCAGUCCUAAAGCCAGCAGUCCUAAAGCCAGCAGUCCUAAAGCCAGCAGUCCAAAUUCCGAACCUGGGAGCGGUCGAAGGAUCGGCAGGACGUGGGUGGUUGUGAGAGUGCUCAAGCGAAGCUCACUGACAGAGGAGGAGCAAGAGCUGGUGGCAAAGCAGGCUGUGGUGGAACAGGUGAUGGUGUCACAGAAUGAGCAGAUGAUGGUAGAACAGCAGAUGAUGGUGAUGCAGCAGCUGUGUGGGGCUCCUUCACCAAAAGGAAAACCAGAGAGGGACGAAGAGGCACCAGUGGCAGGGUACCAUGCAGGUGUAUCAGUGCAUGGCGUGCACUGUAGCGGUGUUUCACCCUCACUAGAUUCUCCGCAGAGUAACUCCCCAACUACCCUCGCGAGCAGCCUGUCCCCCAACUCCUCUUGCUGCACAAUGCCGGUGGAUGUGCAGAGCAGUGAUGUGGCAAGCCUAGCAGCAGCUGUAGGUGCAACGAUUCCUGUAGGUCCGGAGGAGGAAGACGCAUCAAAAGUGGCAAAGGUGGCAAGAACAGGAGCAGCAGCGGGAGCAGCAGUCGAAGCAGUACCGAUGGAGGUAGAAGGAGCAGGAGCAGCAGUGGGAGCAGACAAGCAAAGCAACAGCUCAGCAGACAAGCAGCAUAAAGGCAGCACACAAGCAGGGGUGUUCUUGGAGGGCCCGCACUGCCCUGAGUCCUUGCCAUCUUUCAAGCACUAUCUGUUUGAAUUAAAUCCGCCUGGAAGCGGCAGGAUUGAUGGUGGUGUGGAUGGCGGGGAUGGAAUAGGAGAGCAGCAGGAAACGGAAGAGGAGCAGCAGAUGCGAAAGGAGCAGAAGAAGCGGAAAAUGGCGGAAAAACUGGACUGGAGGGUAGAACUGGACUGUAGACAAGAGGACGGGCAGAAGGAGGAGCAGGAGAAGGGUGACUGGGAGCAGGUAGAACAUAAGCAAACAACCAGCAAGAAGAAAACGAACUGGCAGAAGCUGACAAGCAGGCAGGCGCAGCAGGUUAUCACUCCCCAGCUAGUCCCCCAACAGCAGAUGGCUCUACAGCAAGAAGGGGCGACCGGUGCAGAUUCUUCUACUGCUGCUGAUAAUACGUCUGCUGCAGCUGCUGCUGGUGCUGCUGUUGCUGCUGAUGCUGCUGGUGUUGCUGGUUCAGGUGAAGAAGGUGACCGGUCAGCAGAUCCAGAUAUCCGUGUUGAGGAUCUGCAAGAGCUAGCUGACAUUCUCAACUCUCUUUUGAGAACUCAGGUCACCAGCACCACAGAUGCUACAAGAACUUCCCCUAGGGCCACUCCUGUUGCUCCUUCCAGUGCUGCUUCCGCCACUUCCCCUAGGGCCGCUUCCACCUGCACCACACCUGCUGCUACUGGAACGUCGCCUAGGGCCGCUCCUCUUGCUGCUUCCAGUGCUGCUGCCACCACCUCUCCUACUGUUUCUCCACCUGCCCAUCCUGCUGUUGCUUCUGCUGCUGCUGCUGCUGCUGCUGCUGCUGCUGCUGCUGCUGCUGCUGCUGCUGCUGCCCCUGCUGCUAAUCUGGUUGGAGGUGAAACCCAAGCUUUGGGAUCAGGGUCUGGUGUGGUUCCCACAGAUGUUGCACCUUCUGCUAUUCCGGGGGUAGCCGCUGCUGCAGCUCGCAGAGUUGAGUUUGGAGGGUUUUAG